GGUCGAACGAGGACGACGGUAGGAUCGGGGGUUCCAGAGCUAGCUAAGCGUCAGAUGUCAUACACGAAUCGAAGUUGAGGGUAUACCAAUGGUAGUCUUCAUGCUCAUUUAAAGAAUGGGAGCAUUCUCUGCACACGCUCUGGUCUGGGUCUUGUCCCACUGUAUAGGUCCCAGCAGAACAGAGGCAGAUCGGGUUGCCUUUGCUAUCUGUGUAGCGACACGGACCAAACAUAAUGAGAGCCCUUCGAGAUUGAAUCUGCCUUUGCGUGUCUCCGAAGAGUCGGGAAGCGGACCAUUCGAAAAAACUCCGGAGCAUCAUGGUCACUCGCUUGGCGUCUUAUCUAAAUAGGGAAGGUGCGAAUUAGCGAAAGCCGGCCACAACAGAAGGCAAGAGCCAGAUGUGUGGAUCGUUUAUUCAGCCGAACGGCCUCAAGAAUUGG